AUGGCUGCAGCCCGGCCAGAAAAUGGCAACAAGCAGGCCACCUCGACGCUUCAGUCGAUGCAACGUCCAAAACCGCCCCACCAGCCAGCACAACCUCCCCCGUCACCCUCCGUACCAAACCGCUAUCCGACGAUCUUCCUGAACGCACGGAAACAGGUCGCCCGGUCCCCAGUGCCCCACGUAGUACGCCGGCUAGCCCCGGCCCAACCACGCCGCCAUGUCCCUGCGGUCCCAUCGGUACUCACCGGCAACGUUAAUGGCGGCGCGGCGGUACUCAUCAGCGCGGAUAAUCUACGCCGCACCGUGUACGCAACGGUUCCUUCCGUGUCACUGCACGCGACCACUGGCGGUGCCAACGGGCUGGCAAACACAAUCGUAAGCUUUGCGGGAAAACAGGCGAUCACCAUCCCAGUACAGUCACCGAAUGAUCUAGCAUCGGCGGUACGGCCCACAGUUCCUACGCCACCCGCUACCAUUUACAAACUGGUAAACGCGACCAGCGGUGGCCCAAUCGGACGGAAACGGAUGCCACAGCUCGCACCCAAACCGGUAGCGAAAAAUGGUGAGCAACCGUUUUUAACUUCCCAGCAGCAGCAUGAACAGAAAACUAUGGUCAGCGCACCGAAUGCCUCUACCGUGCAGUACAAUAAUGCUCCCGGUUGGCGACGGAUUCUACGCAAUAAAGUAAUCGUUUACAUUAGCCCUUCCAAUAUUGUGCUUCACAAUUACGAGCAGGUAAAGGAAUAUUUGCUGUCUUCCGGUACGUGCAAAUGUGGUUUGCCGUGUCCGUUCAAUCCGGAACUAUUCUUUCAAUUUGACGCACAGAUUCCCAACAUGACGAUGGCUUCAAACAACCGAGAAGUAUUAUGUGCACACCUUCAGCGAGCCAUAACCGGACCGGAGCGUUUGAAACGACUGCACGAGGAAACGACACCAUCCGAGAACACCGCCCAGGAACCGGCGGUACAGAAUGCUAUUCUGCUUAAAACGCCCCCAUGGCGGAAAAAUGUUCCUAUGACGGUUUCUUCGCCCCAAACGACACCCGUAUCAGAAAUUGCUUUAAACUCAACGCCUAUUGCGCGGCUCAGCAAGCCAAGCGAUGUGAUAGGCGCACCAUUCGCACGAUCCCCGUCCGAUGCGAACGUGAACCAGAGUGCUCGGGAUAGUCCAGAACAGAAGAAACCAACCUUCAAGGAUGAUCCAACCGGCUACCUGAACCAGCAGACCGCCAUCCUGCACAGUUCAAUUUCGUUCCUGCAUUCACCCGAUCGCCGGUCGCCUUUGCCGUUGGUCGGUGGGCUUAGCCCUAAACUGGGCUCGACAAGCCCGAUCACAAAACCAUCACCACCGAAGGAAGAUGGGAGUGCGAUCAUAAGCCGCCAGCGGACGGUAAAUCGCAACAUACCGAAUGCAGUUGGGUCACAUCCGACGACAGAACCGCAGGCAAAAAUUACCUCCCUUACAGGGGUGGUAAAGUACGAAACAAAACCGCCGUGCGUAUCCACAAAAUCAUCAUCACCGGCCAGUGCCAGCAGUAUUAAAUCGUCCGGUACGCCUAACGCGUCCAAAUCUCCACUCCCGAUAGCUCGCCUAGCGACCAGUGAACGGGGAAGAAUGGCUUACUAUGUGAAAGCGAACAAUGCGAUCCGCGCACCGCACGGUACGGAUCAAUGUUCAUCACCAAAGGUGCCAAAGAUGAUCCAUUCGCCCGCCGGUGAAUCGCUACCGUGUCCGAUAACGGCCACCACCACGACGACGACCACAACGAUAGCGCGAACGAACCCAAUCACAGCACCGACCACAACCGGGACGAUGUUCGUACCGACGCGCUCGUCGCACGUUAUCAAUGCGGGUGGUGCACAAAUAGUCGUCAUCGAUGGUUUGCAGCAUUCGGCCAUCGGUACCGGUACGGAGUUGCCAGGACGGGUGCGCAUUGGUGGGUUCGCUCCGGUACGUCACCAGAUCCAACCGGCCACGCCCGGUAUGGUGCCGUCCGUGUCGAAACCGGCCAUCCAUCAGCAACCGACCGUCGUCAAUUACAGUCUAGCGCGUGCACCGAACGGAACGGCAACAGUGCCGGUUCCAGUAAGUGCAUUGUCCACAACAACAAUGCCAACCACCACUACCGGUACGAUGCUUCUGAACGGUACGAAUAUUAUUCACCUAAGCAAUGGGUUGUCAGCGCCCACGUUUCACGGUGGUUUGCUUGCUCCCGAUGCGUCUAACCAGACUGGCACAAAUCCCUGCCUUCAUCAGGUUAGUCCAACAGCAAACAAAACUUCUCUAACGCUGCCGAACGGCACACUCGGUCUAGCUGCCGGUUCGACGGUCGUACUCAAUCCCACCACAAGCAUUCGGUUUGCCGACAAUACCAGCUUCACAACACCAGGUGGCUUCUCGACCGCAUCCAACACCUACCACUACAGCCCAUGCACAACCGUACAGGGGACGGACACGGUCAGCCUGGAUGUAACCGGUGCGCGGAAGGUAAAACGGCAGAUAAAACCCCUCAAUGGCACAACGAGCAGCUUAGCGAGUGGACUGGUGCUACCGGCAUCAUCGGUAGCGACACUGGGCCAACCACAACCGACCACGUUCCAGCAACAGCUGCAACCGGGACCAUUCGUACAGAUUGCCUCACCGUACGGUGGCCUGCAGAACAUUCAGCUCGCCUCGAGCCUAUCGGGCAUUACCGUGGUACCGGUAUCGAAGGCAACUCCACUCGUGCAACAGCAUCAACCUCACCAGCAACAACACCAUCAGCAACCGUACGGUUUGCUUGGUCAAACGCAAACCAUCCUUCUGCCGGCUGGCAGCAUGGUCAUGGCAUCGGAUGCAAACACCGCAACGGCUACGUUGCUGCAAAUACAGAACAUGGCACCGUGCGGUGGUAAUGCACCGCUACUAGCCGGCCAAACCGGACUCGUCCUUCGCCAACCGAAACCACAGUCCACCGCCGGAUUCAUCUCGACCGUGGGCCAACAGUCGUACCUGAUCGGUGCUAAUGGAACCACCGGUACGGCACGCGCGCCCACCGUUACCCAACGUUGUCCGCUAGUGAACACCAGUACCGGUACUGCGCUCUUCGGUAACGGCGGUGGUCUCGGUAUCGUUACCGCCACCCCUUCGCUACCAGUCGCUAACCUUACGAUGCAGCAACCGCAACAACUUUCGCUUGUGCCACCCACCCCUACGAACCGUACAGAUCCGGCACCGCAAACACCGUCAAAGCUAGUCGAUGGUACAACCAAUCUUACCAACACUGUUCUUGUGCAUCCCGACAUCACAACACCCCACAAUAAUCAACCGGAAUGUAGCGCGGAAAAUGGGAAUGAAACAAAACCAGUUGGUGGAGAUGGUGUGACGGGACGUACCGAGCUUAAAGGGAAUCAUUGUGUUUCCAUCUCCGAAACCGAGGUGCCUGGGAUGGCGUUCACGCUGAAGGGUCCGCUACUUGCAGAACAGCAGAAAAAGCAGCAGGGUGUUGGUCCUUUGGCCGAAUCAUCGAAUCGCACCGGAAGGAUCGUUUCACCGGCAUCCGGAGGUCGUGCGGGUAGCAUCGGGUUCGUACGCCGUGGACCAUCGGUACAGGCUGUUGUGAGUAAGCUGGACCGUGGCAAGUUAAGUAUCGCUAUACCACCGACCACGACCGAAGGAUCUACGUGCCUACUGACGGAUGUACGCCCGGAGCAAAGCUAUGACGGUAACGCUGCGUUGAGUCAAAAAUCUUGCAUCAAAAGCCGCACCAAGCGACGUUUGCUGCGGGGUCAGAACGAUGCGGACGAUCUGUUGCCGGACGAACCGAAGGAACAGCAACGGGCGGCCACGUGUCAGUUUCGCGUAGGCGAUCUGGUUUGGGGUGCGGUACGUGGAUUUCCGGCCUGGCCCGGUAAGGUGCUCCCGACGCCAACGACGACGGCUGUUGGUUGCCAGGAAGCGUUAAAAGCAUCAACACUCGCCGAUGCUACGGUUUCACCACCACCGAGCGCUGAAUCUACACCGGACGCAAAUGUGCCACAGCAGGGCCACGUAUGGGUACGGUGGUUCGGUACGGGACGUGCCAGUGCGGAACGGGUCGAGAUUGGCACGCUGCAGAGCCUUUCCGAGGGUCUGGAGAUACAUCACCGAGCACAAAAGGAUGCGAGAAAGAGCCGUAAAUUAAACGCACAGCUCGAACAAGCUAUACAGCAAGCGAUGCAGGAGCUGGACCAUGCGGCAACGUCGUCCGGGUUUAACCGAACCGGCUCCGGUCUCGACAAACAGCGGCGCCGUCGGCACCAACGACGCCAACCGACCUGUAAGCGGCAUCGUACCGGUAUCACCGGCAAUAACACUACCGGCAGCGUCAACAGCAACAUGUGCAAUAGAAAAGGCGCUAGUAUGCGGUAUUUGCGCGGUAACAAAUUUAAAGCCAAAUCGUAA